CAAUUUUUCAGACACCAAAAAAAUCGAGACACAGAAGAUAUUUCGCUGUCAUUUUCUUUCUUUCUUUUUUGAUUCUUUGUUUAAACCAUUAGUUUAACUUACGAGGCUCAUGGCAGUUACAAUUACUCCUGCAGAACAAAGCUUUUCAAACAAUUUUUGGGGAUUGGCGGACGAAGGGUACUAUGCACUCACUGAAAAGCUCAAUAGUACGAAGAAAACAUUCGAAGAAGUGAAAUCAUUCUACAGUUUAAGAGCAUCUCUACACGAAGAAUUUGGACGUAAAUUAUUAAAACAUGCCAAAUCAGGGAUUGGUUCAGCCGAGCUUGGCACUUUGCAUGAUCUGCUCUCUUCUGCUAACAAAGAAACGGAACGUAUGGCUGAGACACACAUUCAUCUAGCCCAGAAAAUCAAAUCAAGCUUGGAAGUAGACCUGGACGCUUUUAUUCUCGAGCACAAAGAUAAACGAAAGCUCACUCAAACCAGCGUUGAGAAAGCCUUCAAAUUGAAGCAGAAUAGCAGAUCUUAUCUAACAAAGGUGAAAGAGAAAUAUGAAGCAGAUUGUGCAAAAGUAGUAGGAAUGCAAACGCAGUUACAUUCAUUGUCUGGUCGUGAAGCAGAGAGGGUCAGACAGAAAAUUGAGAGGCUACAACAAGAAGCCAAAAUACAAGAACAGGAAUACAGAAAUGCUUGCGAUAGAGUAGCUGAUGCUACAGUAGCAUGGAACAGAAUGUGGAAGUUAGCAUGCGAUACCUAUCAAGCGCUGGAAAGAAAAAGGCUGGAAUACAUUCAACACAGUUUUACAAAAUACCUUGAGCUUCUUUCGUUUGCAACGAACCAAGAACAACAGUCACACGAACGAUUAUGGAAUGCACUCGAGCAAUAUCAUCCUGCCAAAGAUAUUCAGACAUUCAUUCAAACAGCAGCCACCGGACCCCACAUACCCGAAGCUGAGAUAUUCGUUGAUUAUUUUGAUGAUCCUCAAAAGACAUUUCAACGAUAUACCACUGCCCAUUUUGAGGUUCCAGCAGAAUUAAUAAUGUACACAAAUACAGCUGUUUUGAGGGAGGACACAGUCUCAGCUGGAGAAAAGCUCAGUACUGUUAAAAGGAAUAUAACGAAUACUGCACAUACAAUACCAGAGCAAGAGCGCCUAAUGAACGAUGGCCUAAAGACGAGAGAAGUAGAGACUUCUUCCAAUACAGCCAAAUAUGACAUGCCACCAGAGCAAAGCUCCCAAGAAAACAGGAAAAAAACGGCUGCAGAGAGGAGAACGUCAUUGAUAAGAAAGGCAAAUAAGCCAUUACCACCCAUUGCCACAGCCACUUCUUCUGCAGCAUCCACAGCAUCUUCUUUAACUAAAAUGCAUAGAGAGAAACUGCCACCGUUGAUAGAGGAAGGCACCAUCGAUGCCAUUUCUAAAAAUUGCGCAAACGAAGCGGUCGAUUCAUCGACAACAAGUUCGUCAGAGACAACGUCUCCGACAGCGGCCGAGGCUUUCCAAAAAUCCACAAAAUCGUCUCUACAUGGCACUGUGCCUGACUCCUCAACUGCAUUCCCUGUGCUCGUUGUGCCCGAGAUAUCAUCCCUAUCUUCCAAUGACACAUCUGAUGAAGAUGACGACACCGACACAAAGUCUGAUAGAAAAUCCGAAGAAGAGGAAGGAAAUAUAUCUAUUGAUCCUCGAGCCAAGGUCGUUUUUGCAAUUGGUAACAAUAUGUUCGAUCUAGGCCAUCUUGGCCAGGAAAGUGAUAUGGAUGGUAUUACAGGUACCGUUAGAGCAAGCAAAAUAAAAAGAAGUACUGAUGGUAGAGCUAGAAGGUCUUCCACAACCACUCGAAGGAGACCACUUUCUGCUGAUAUUGACGCAGUAUGCAAUUUUUCUUAUCAAAGCUUGCUUGAAGAGUUGGGAGUCUUGGAGAAAAAGAAAGAUGACGAUAAAACCAAAAAAGUAGCAAAUAAUGAAGCAGCACCAGCAAAGACUAACACGAUAAAGCCCAAGGAUAUGAAUGAAAUUCAGCCGCCAUCUCUGAUGGAAGACAGUCUAAAUCCUGAGCCAAGUACAGGAAUCACUGAUCAGCAGCCUCCAAUGGAGGUUGUCGCAACCCAAGAUAAUAUAGCAGCAAAUGGUCAUCGAUCUACUUAUACAGAUACUAGACAGACAAAUAAUACCAGUGUGCAACAACAUUUACCAAGCACUACAAAUAACGUCCAGCAAAAUGCUGUAUAUACUAAUAUCCUACCGCCAGCACAGCAGCAGCAGCAGCAUCCUUAUUCUGUACCUUAUGUACAGCAGUAUACUCAACGAACACAAUCUUUUCAGCCUUCUCAGCAUCAGCCUCCUUAUGUUUCCCAUGGUUCUGCCUAUUAUCCACAAGCAGUAGUCAAUAUGGCACCUCCUGUUACCGCCGCUACUACUACUACUACUACUACUACUACUACUGCUGCUGCUGCUGCUGUAUCUGCGUACACUCACUCCGCUUUAGGUUAUGUCAACAAUCGUUAUGGCCAACAAACGCCUCCAUCGGCGAUGCCUAUACAGCCUCAUCAACAGUCAGCGUCAGGCAAUUACCAACAGCAGCAACAACCCUCCAUCUUAUUUUGGGGAGUGACGCUUACUGAUUGGCAUAGUGGUAAACCCGAAGAGUUACAAUUUAACAAAGGAACAUGGCUAGGUGUGAUAGAGGCCAGGCCAGAUAAUUGGUAUUAUGCAGUCAAAUAUGAUCCAAAAAUGAAUGCGUUUUCCACUGAAAAAGGCUUUGUGGCUCAAAAUAGAGUGCAGCAAGUGCGUGCAACCACAUUUUAAUUUAGUACCAAAAAAAAAAAAAAAUGUAAAUAACUUUAGUAACCAACAUCUUUGUACGAACUUGGAGCCAAAGAUCAAAAUAAAAAAUACUCAUUCAGCUAGAAAAAUGAUCGGUGGACGAGCUUACUUACAAUAAGUAAAGCAAUAUGACUGAGUUUGACCUGCCAUGUCUCGCGCAUCAUUGAGUUGCAAAAAGUUAUUAUCAAGAGUAUCUUGGACACUUUGGUCACUAAGAACAGAAAUCUAGGCAAAAUGCACCUACACCCUUUACUUUAGGAGUAUUAUGCUCGGCCUUAAUUUUGUUUUUUCCUUUGAUUUUCUUUUUUCUCACUUUCUCUACCCAACCUUAAACACGAAAUUUUUUUAUCAUCCAAUGACGUUCAUAAACCUUCUUUUUUGGAUGGGCUUUCUGAUUGCCAGAAAUUGUCAAACCCUCGUCAUAGAAACCAGCAUGAUAUUUCAAUUUCUUCAUAAACGAGC